AAUAAAAUGAGAAAAUUGAUGGGAGCAAUGUUGUUAGCAAAUUCAUAUAGUAAAAUAAGUAAUUUUGAUAACAUUAUAAUUGAUUCAUACAAAGGAUGUCAUAUGUAAAUAAGAAAAUUAUAAAAGAAAGAGUGAUUUAAAUAAAUAUAUCAAAGACAGAGGAUUAUUUAAAUAAGAUUUAUAAGAAUUGAUAGGAAUAAGUAAAUGUAAUAAGAAUACUUCAAUUUGGAUUGAACUUUAGAAAGAAUAAUUGGGUUUAGCAUAAGUAAAUAGAUGAAAUAUAUUAUAUAAAAAUAGACAUUAAUAGAGGAAGGAUUUAAGAUGCAUAGAGUAGCAGGAGAUAUAUUAUAAUUUUCAAAAUGGUUGGGUGAUGGUGAAAGUAGAUUACCUAGUUAAGCUACACAUUAUGUUGGAGUAGGUGGGAUAGUAGUAAAAGAUAAUAAUGUUUUACUUGUAUAAGAGAAGAAUGGAUAAAGAAGAGGAGCUUGGGGUACACCAGGAGGAUUAGUAGAUUAAAAAGAAUCAAUAAUUGAAGCAGUAAUAAGAGAAGUAAAAGAAGAAACUAAUUUAGAUGUAUAAAUAUUAUAAAUUUUAUAUUUUUAGUGUAAAGUAGAAGACGUUUUAUAUUUUAGAGAAAUGCAUGAUGCAAGAUUCGGUAAAACUGAUUUAUAUUUUGCAUUUAAAUUAUAAUGUUUAGAUGAAGCAUAAAUAAAAAUAUGUGAAUAAGAAUUAAUGGAUUAUAGAUGGGUACCUAUUGAUUAGAUAUUAGAUGUAUAUAUAUUUUAUUAUAUAUCAUUAGUUUUUGAAAAAAGAGAAUCAAAAAACACAUGUUAUAAAUUUCUAUAAAUCAGUUUAAGAGAGACUUGUAGGACAACAAUAUAAAUAUAUCAAAAUUGAAGAAAGUUAAGAACUCUAUUAUGGAUAAAUGAAAUAUUAUGCUAUUUUUAAACCUAGAUUUUGAUUU